CGGAGCCAAGGUGGAGGUGGAGAGCUACCGCAGGAUCCUCCAGCACCUCGACUGCUCGCCGGAGAAAGUGCUCUUCAUCACGGACCUGGCUAAAGUGAUGUGGUGUGGUGGAUGUGAAGGAUGCGGCCGCGUGUUCACCCAUCAGGAGAGUGUAAACAACAGCUCCCAGAGACUCUCCUCACCUCCUCCAAUAUGCCAAAAUCUAAGAAAACUCGGAAGUUUGCUAUCAUGAAGAGAAUGAUCAGCUUAAAUGACCCAAGACUGAAAGAGGAGGACCGAAGAACCAAAAAGCAAAAAAUCCCUGAUCCUCACGAACAUAAGAUCAAUGAAGCUCCACAGUUUUCUUCAGCUCUUUUCUUUGAGUACAACACGCAAUUGGGUCCACCUUACCACAUACUUAUCGAUACCAACUUCAUCAAUUUUGCUAUCAAGAACAAAGUCGAUAUUGUCAAAGGAAUGAUGGACUGUCUUUAUGCCAAGUGUAUUCCUUGUGUUACUGAAUGUGUUAGAGGAGAAUUGGAACGCAUGGGAGAAAAGUAUCGCUUGGCAUUAAAAGUUAUCAAAGACCCACGCUUUGAGAACUUGCCUUGUCUUCACAAAGGAAUAUAUGCUGAUGACUGUCUUGUUCAGCGUGUAACACAGCAUAAAUGUUAUAUUGUGGCAACUUGUGAUAAAGACCUUAAGAGAAGAAUCCGCAAGAUUCCUGGUGUUCCUAUCAUGAGUGUCGGCCAACACAAGUUUGUCAUUGAAAGAAUGCCAGAUGCACCUCAAAUGUAGCGACCACCAGAGGCUCUACAUUGUGUGUGUGGGGCUAAAGUUCUUCACUAGUCACUGAAGAAUUGGGUUAUUCUAGCCGAGAUGUUGGACACAAUACAUACAAACUGUGUUUGCUGGGUACAACACCUUCCCCAUCUGCCCGAGACAAGGUGGUCUGGUGCUGCUGCCGAAGGAAAUACAUUCCAAAGAUCUCUCUCUUGAUUUGAAGAUGUGUGACCUUCAUCUUAUUAUGGCAGAGAUCUUGGAUCCAGUAACAUUGACAGUCAAUUAAUAAUUUAUGUAAUUAUAGCCUGGACUCUUUAAACCUACCCAUCAGUAGUACGGUAAUUACAUACAGUACUGAUGUUGAUAUCCAGCUGACUCAAUUUUAUACUCUAAUGUGACAAAGGUUCUAUAUAUGAUAUAUAUGUACUAUUAGAAAUUUAUUCUGUAUAUCUAUGUAUUGAAGUUUGUUUACCUUUGCAACAGUAGUGUAUAUACAAUUUAAAGCAUUUUUACAGUAUAUAGAUUUCAUUACAUAAUGAA